GAGAGAGAGAGAGAGAGAGAGAGCAUCCGAGGCGGAGAUAGAGAGAGAAAGAGGCGGUGCUGUCCCGUCCUACUCUCUCCGUACUGUCACCGUCGCCGCCACCGCUUUCGCCACCCGCGCCGCAACUCCGCCGCGAGGGCCCGGAGCCCGGAGCCGGGAGGCCGCCAUGCCCAGGCCGUCGCGGGAGUCCGUCGACACGUUCAUGGCCAUCACCGGCGCGCCCGAGCCUCUCGCCGUCCGCCGGUUGGAGGAAUAUGGUGGGAAUCUCGACGAGGCUGUCAAUGCGCAUUUUACUGAAGGGAUCCACCAAACAUUUCCUCCUGCGGCUUCUGCAUAUCCUCAUGAAAUGAAUAAUCAGGAUCACGUCGGGCGACAAGGGGGGCUCAUGCCGCUCCUUAAUGCUGUUAGAAGUUUCAAGCCUUCCUCUCUUCUUGACCCGAACUACAGGAGAAAUUUCUUUAACCAGAUUGGCGCUUCUGCAUUUUCUAGUCCCCGACCGCUUGCUUCUCCUCCAAGCAACGCGACUGGGUCGGCUGAAGCAUUCAACCGUGGUAAUGAGCUGCCUUAUCAUUCGGGAUCGUUUAACACCGGUGGUGUAAUUGGAACACCAGUCUAUUCUAGCACUCCGGCUGAAGCCAGAAGUCCGCAUUCGUAUGGACAUGAUGCAGAAGAAGAAAUGCUUCGAGCUGCUAUUGAGGCAUCGAAGCAAGAGUUUCUUUCUGGUUCUGGGUUAUCUCGAAGGCAACCUAGCCAAGAAGAUAAGGAGCUUGAUCGUGCAAUUUCACUUUCAUUGAUGGAAGCAGAGCAAGAGAAGGAGAAGCGUGUGCAACAGGUGAAAGACAGAGACCAAGAAUCUGGAUUUAAUGCUUCACAUGGAAGUGCAGACAAAACUAAGGAUAAAAGAUCAAAACUGGGAAGCCCAUCACAGCCGGAUGAGAUUAAGCUGGAAGGGCUGAAUUUGCAGGAUGGUAAGUCCAACCAGCGUUGUCAUGAUCAUAUUCAGUGUGGUCCAGAUGCCCAUCAUCCUGAUCAGGGAUUUCAGAAAGGGUCAAUUCAAAGUGGAGGCUCUCUACCUCAAGAACCUGCACCAGACGAAAGAGGAGCAAUAAAUCUUGUCGUCCGCAUGCCAGAUGGGGCUCGCCACGGUCGCCGCUUCCUUGUGACUGACAAGCUACAGUCUCUAUUUGACUUCGUAGAUGCUGGUGGUUGGGUGAAGCCUAUGACUUAUAAACUGAUAAGGCCUUAUCCUCGCGAGGAGUUCACUGAUGGUGACAGAUUAUCCAGUUUUAGUGAAUUGGGGCUUGCUAGUAAACAAGAAGCUUUGUUUCUAGAGUUCAUUUAGCAUUGGCUUUGGCCAUCUUGAAAUUGUACAUAUCGGUUAGGACAUGUCGAGAGGUGCAUUCAUAGCUUUCCAUCGACUGCAUCUGACUGGGUUGCUUCACCAAAGCUCAACGAUAAUGACUGAUCCCAAACCAGAAAAGAUGCAACAGCAUUUAAGAUUGGCAAUGCACGUA